AUGGUUAAAGAAGCCGCCGCAGCAACCGCCGGACUUGGCGGCGUUAGGAGGACCAGGAAGCGAUACGUGGGUGUGAGGCAAAAGCCAUCUGGGCGUUGGGUGGCGGAUAUCAAAGACACUAUACAAAAGAUAAGGGUUUGGUUAGGCACUUUCGAUACGGUGGAAGAAGCGGCGAGGGCGUACGAUGAAGCCGCUUGCCUGCUUCGUGGUGCGAAUACGAGAACGAAUUUCUGGCCUUGUUCUUCAUCGUCAUUGAAUUCGACUCCAGCCCUUUCUUCGAAGAUCAGUAAUCGUCUUCUCCAAAGGAUCAAAGCUAACAAUAAUCCGUGUUUUCCAUUGCCGCUGUCAACUUCUUUCUCGCCACCGCCUGUUACUGUCAGCCAGCAGCAGCCAUUGUUGCAGCAAGUCGAGGAUACCACUCAUGGUUUCCUCGACGAUGUUCUCGAGGGUUUAUCGACGUCAAACGAUGAAAUUUUCAAUGCGAUGAGCGUUGUUGAAUCAUGUCAAAGUACUGAUAACGAAGAUUAUUCCAGGAGAGAAUCGGAUUCCGAUUCAGGAGAUGGAAGGGCAUUGGAUUUCCAGUUCUUGGAUGAGAUUGGAUUUGAGUCGUCUUGUAACUGCUCUCCUUUCCAGUUCGCUGAAGAGCUUCAAGUACCAACAAUGGCGGCUGAGAAUUUCACAGAUGAACACUCGAUAUCGUACGAGAGGAAAUUCUCGGCUUCACUCAACUCAUUCAAUGGGAUUUCGGAGCUGUUGAAAAGGAAGCUCGGGUCAGAAGCUGCCAUGGCGGAACGAAUAUCAGAGCAGUUAACAAAGCUUUCAUAUGCAUGCAAGAAGAAGAAGAUGAUGAUUCGGGAGUGGCGGGAAAAGAAGAAGAGAAAAGACAGCAAAGUUCAUUGGAUUCUUCGAGUACAAGUGAAACUCAUGAGGGUGAAUCUCUUUGGACCUCACUUGAUCUUCCAACCAUUAUUGCUCUGUUAA